AUGAAGAGACCAGUUACAGGAAAAGAUCUUAUGAUAGUCAAUAUGGGACCUCACCACCCAUCCAUGCACGGUGUUCUUCGCUUAAUUGUUACUCUAGACGGUGAGGAUGUUGUUGAUUGUGAACCCAUAUUGGGUUAUUUACACAGAGGAAUGGAAAAAAUUGCAGAAAACCGAGCAAUUAUACAAUAUUUACCUUAUGUAACGCGGUGGGAUUAUUUAGCUACUAUGUUUACAGAAGCAAUAACAGUAAACGGACCCGAACAAUUAGGAAAUAUUCAAGUUCCUAAAAGAGCCAGCUAUAUCAGAGUAAUUAUGCUAGAAUUGAGUCGUAUAGCUUCUCAUCUGUUAUGGCUUGGCCCUUUUAUGGCAGAUAUUGGGGCACAGACUCCCUUUUUCUAUAUUUUCAGAGAACGAGAAUUUGUAUAUGAUCUAUUCGAAGCUGCCACCGGUAUGAGAAUGAUGCAUAAUUUUUUUCGUAUUGGAGGAAUAGCGGCGGAUUUACCUUAUGGUUGGAUAGAUAAAUGCUUGGAUUUUUGUGAUUAUUUUUUAACAGAGGUUGUUGAAUAUCAAAAACUUAUUACACGAAAUCCUAUUUUUUUAGAACGAGUUGAAGGCGUUGGGAUUAUUGGUGGGGAAGAAGCAAUAAAUUGGGGUUUAUCCGGACCAAUGUUACGCGCAUCCGGAAUACCAUGGGAUCUUCGUAAAGUUGAUCGUUAUGAGUCUUACGAUGAAUUUGAAUGGGAAAUUCAGUGGCAAAAACAAGGAGAUUCAUUAGCUCGUUAUUUAGUACGACUUAGCGAAAUGACAGAAUCCAUCAAAAUUAUUCAACAGGCUCUGGAAGGACUUCCGGGGGGUCCCUAUGAAAAUUUAGAAAGCAGAGGCUUUGAUAAAAAAAGGAAUCCAGAGUGGAAUGAUUUUGAAUAUCGAUUCAUUAGUAAAAAACCUUCCCCUACUUUUGAAUUAUCGAAACAAGAACUUUACGUAAGAGUUGAAGCUCCAAAAGGGGAAUUGGGAAUUUUUCUCAUAGGAGAUCAAAGUGGUUUUCCUUGGAGAUGGAAAAUCCGACCGCCGGGUUUUAUUAAUUUGCAAAUUCUUCCUGAACUAGUUAAAAGAAUGAAAUUGGCUGAUAUUAUGACGAUACUCGGUAGCAUAGAUAUAAUUAUGGGAGAAGUUGAUCGUUAAAAUGAUAAUUUAUGCAACAGAAGUACAAACAAUAAAUUCUUUUCUUAGAUUGGAAUCUUUAAAAGAGGUCUAUGGACUCAUAUGGAUAUUUGUCCCUAUAUUUUCUCUUGUAUUGGGAAUCAUAACUGGUGUACUAGUAAUUGUGUGGUUAGAAAGAGAAAUAUCUGCAGGGAUACAACAACGUAUUGGACCUGAAUACGCCGGCCCGUUAGGAAUUCUUCAAGCUUUAGCCGACGGGACAAAACUACUUUUCAAAGAAGAUCUUCGUCCAUCUAGAGGAAAUACUCCUUUAUUUAGUAUUGGACCAUCUAUAGCAGUUAUCUCUAUUUUACUAAGUUAUUCAGUAAUUCCUUUUAGCAAUCACCUUGUUUUAGCGGAUCUCAAUAUCGGUAUUUUUUUAUGGAUUGCCAUCUCAAGUGUUGCUCCGAUCGGACUUCUUAUGUCAGGAUAUGGAUCAAAUAAUAAAUAUUCUUUUUUAGGUGGUCUGCGAGCUGCUGCUCAAGCGAUUAGUUAUGAAAUACCAUUAACUCUAUGUGUUUUAUCAAUAUCUCUACGUGCGAUUCGUUGAAACAGAAAGGUUUAUUCCGUUUCUUCUAGAUAAAAAAAAAAUGAAAAAAAAAACGGAAUAUAUAUAUUUAUCUUUCGGGUUUAUCUUAAUAAAAGGAAUUUGAAUUUGAUAGUUAUAUAUGAGUGAAAAAAAACUGCUCAGAAAUUAGCAGUAAAAAGAAAAAUUAAGUCUCAUUUCCUAUGUACAAAGGUUAAAUGGAAAUAAACGUAAGCGUAAGAAUCGCUUUACCCCAAGGUUGGUUGAUUAGUCAGCCGGGCUUGAAGCGGGUUAAAAAAAAUAUUAACCGUAUGACGUUUUCACUAUCAGUUAUAUAAAUUACUAUACAUAUACAUAUAUUACAAAGUGAUCGGCAAUUAGGUAAAAACGCGUGGAUGGUUAGAAACACCAAAAUACACAAAGAAUUUGUAAUAGAGAUUAACCAAAUUGAAAAGGAUAUUUAUGCAUAACAUAAGAUAACAAAAAAAGAAGGUUAAUUGGGGCUUGAAAUUUGUAGAAAUUAUCAGGCAGUACUCCCCAAGAUUCCGAUUCAGAGUAUGCUCCCAUCCACCGAUAAAUGUAAUGACUAUCAGAAACGAAAUAAUCCUUUAUUUUUUUUUAAGUCCACCUACUUUUUUUCUAAAAAAGAAAGAAAGAAGAAUAGGAACGAAACAAGUAUAUUUUUUUUUAUAGAUUUCGAAAAUAAAAUAGAAUUUCUAUCAUGAAUAAGAAACUAAUAGGAUGUUUAAUUCUUUUUCGUAAUUGAAAAACACGACGGGCUGAAAAACCUAGGUUUAGUUUUACAAGGGGUGCUUUAUUAAAGGAUUAAGUUAUUACUCAACAAAUAGAAAUUAAAAUUUGUAAAGGAUGAGAUGAAUUCCGAAGCGCGUUUUUUAGUUUUAGAAUUUGAGCAGACAGAAUUCCAUUGGUAUAAUUCGGGACCCCAGAUAUAUUUCUAUUUAAUCCAUUUUAGAACACAUCAUAUCCAUCUAAAUAAUACUAAUCUGGUCCUUAUAUUUAUUUACGGCCCCCGAGGAGCCGUAUGAGGCGAAAACCUCAUGUACGGUUUUGUAAUAGCGGUGAGAAUAGUAAUGUUAUCACCGACUAGGAUUAUCUAACAGUUUAAGUACAGUUGAUAUAGUUGAGGCACAAUCAAAAUAUGGUUUUUGGGGAUGGAAUUUGUGGCGUCAACCUAUAGGUUUUAUCAUUUUUCUAAUUUCUUCCCUAGCAGAAUGCGAGAGGUUACCUUUUGAUUUACCAGAAGCGGAAGAAGAAUUAAUAGCAGGUUAUCAAACUGAAUAUUCCGGUAUCAAAUUUGGUUUAUUUUAUGUUGCUUCUUAUCUAAAUCUAUUAAUUUCCUCAUUAUUUGUAACAGUUCUAUACUUAGGCGGUUGGAAUAUUUCUAUUCCGUAUAUAUCUAUGCUGGAGCUAUUUGAAAAGGAUCAAAUUUUUGGAACAACAAUUGGUAUCUUUAUUACAUUAGCUAAAACUUAUUUGUUCUUGUUCAUUUCUAUCGCAACCAGAUGGACUUUACCUAGGCUAAGAAUGGAUCAACUAUUAAAUCUUGGAUGGAAAUUUCUUUUACCGAUUUCCCUUGGUAAUCUAUUAUUAACAACUUCUUUCCAACUCUUUUCACUCUAAAUUGAAAAUCAAUCCAAGAUAUUCAUUACUUGUUUUAAACAAGAGAAAGAAACAAAGAUCAAAUUAUUCAUAGAUAAUUACAAUAUGCUUCCUAUGAUAACCGGGUUCAUGAAUUAUGGUCAACAAACCCUACGAGCUGCAAGGUAUAUUGGUCAGGGUUUCAUGAUUACCUUAUCCCACACAAAUCGUUUACCUGUAACUAUUCAAUAUCCCUAUGAAAAAUUAAUAACAUCAGAACGUUUCCGCGGUCGAAUCCAUUUCGAAUUUGAUAAAUGCAUUGCUUGUGAAGUAUGUGUUCGAGUAUGUCCUAUAGAUCUGCCGGUUGUUGAUUGGAAAUUGGAAACUAAUAUUCGAAAAAAACGAUUGCUUAAUUACAGUAUUGAUUUUGGAAUUUGUAUAUUUUGUGGUAAUUGUGUUGAGUAUUGUCCAACAAAUUGUUUGUCAAUGACUGAAGAAUAUGAGUUUUCAACUUAUGAUCGUCACGAGUUGAAUUAUAAUCAAAUCGCUUUGGGGCGUUUACCAAUGUCAGUAAUUGACGAUUAUACUAUUCGAACAAUUUUGAAUUCACCUCAAACAAAAAAUGGGUAAACCCAUUAAUUUUAUUAAAAAAAGAAUGCAAAACUGUUGAAUUAUAUUAUAUAAAGAAUUUAAUUAAAAACUUGUAUUUAUAGAAUAAUAUUAAGUAUUAAGGCUCAUCCUUUUAAUAUAAUAUUUUCGUAAUUAUUAUCUUGCUUGAAAUAGAUAGGUUGAAAAUAUUAGAAUAAAAAAGCGAAACUGUCUAAUAAUUGUAUCUACAUCAAUUAAUAUUCAUUAGAUUCUAAUUUCACUCUAUUAGAAACAUAUUAAAAAAAAAUUCCCCGGUUAAAUUAAUAAGGUCAUGAAAAGGAUUUCUAUUUUUUCUUUUUUUAAUAAUAUAAUGGAUUUGCCUGGAAAAAUACAUGAUUUUCUUUUAGUUUUUCUGGGAUCUGGUCUUCUAGUAGGAGGUCUGGGAGUGGUAUUACUUCCUAACCCAAUAUUUUCAGCCUUUUCCUUAGGAUUUGUUCUUGUUUGUAUAUCUUUAUUGUAUAUUCUAGCAAAUUCCCAUUUUGUAGCUGCUGCACAACUCCUUAUUUACGUGGGAGCCAUAAAUGUUUUAAUCAUAUUUGCUGUGAUGUUCAUGAAUGAUUCCGAAUAUUCCAUAGAUUUCAAUCUGUGGACUGUUGGGAAUGGGAUUACUUCAGUGGUUUGUACAACUAUUCUUUUUUCAUUAAUUUCUACUAUUCUCGAUACGUCAUGGUACGGGGUUAUUUGGACUACAAGAUUAAACCAGAUUUUAGAACAAGAUUUAAUAAGUAAUAGUCAACAAAUAGGAAUUCAUUUAUCAACAGAUUUUUUUCUUCCAUUUGAACUCAUUUCAAUAAUUCUUUUAGUUGCUUUGAUAGGUGCAAUUUCUGUGGCUCGUCAAUAAAAAAGGUUCCAAUUAGUAAAGACCAAAGAAAACUUUGUGUUUGUGUAUGUUAUGAUAUUUUUUUCCGUUCAUUCAAUUUGAUUGAAUACUAUUUCAUUUUUUAAAUAUAAAUUUUUAUAUUUUAUAUAUAUUUGAAAUUUUUUCCCUAAUAUAGUUUUUAUUCGUACUUUGUUGUUAUAUUCUAGUUGAUUGAAUCCGGUGAAUUGUUUUUAUUAUUCAUAUUGAUAAUGAAUCAAAAUUGAUAAGGAGUUGCUCAAUGAUACUCGAACAUGUACUUGUUUUGAGUGCCUAUUUAUUUUUGAUUGGUCUUUAUGGAUUGAUCACGAGUCGAAAUAUGGUUAGGGCUCUUAUGUGCCUUGAACUUAUACUCAAUGCAGUUAAUAUGAAUCUCGUAACAUUUGCUGAUUUUUUUGAUAAUUCCCAACUAAAAGGGGAUAUUUUCUGCAUUUUUGUUAUAGCAAUUGCAGCCGCUGAAGCAGCUAUUGGAUUAGCUAUAGUCUCGUCAAUUUAUCGUAACAGAAAAUCAACUCGCAUCAACCAAUCGACCUUAUUAAAUAAGUAGCAUAAAUCAAAAAAUUAUAGGUUUAAAUUUGCAUAUAUGAUAGGUUAUGACUUACUAGAUUAAAUUUGUGAAAAUUUAAGAAAUCAAAGUAUUUUAGCCCCAUUUUUUACCAAUUGAGCCAGAAUUCAUUAAAAAAUUCUAUUAAAAGAAAUCAUUGCUUCAUCUAGUAUUUUAAUUUAAUAUAUCAUUUAGUUAUAAGUUUACUAGAUUGAAAAUUUAUGACAUUAAAAAAACUAUAGAUCCUAUGUCACAUUCAGUAAAAAUUUAUGAUACCUGUAUAGGAUGUACUCAGUGUGUCCGAGCAUGUCCUACAGACGUAUUAGAAAUGAUACCUUGGGAUGGAUGUAAAGCUAAGCAAAUAGCUUCUGCCCCAAGAACCGAGGAUUGUGUUGGUUGUAAGAGAUGUGAAUCUGCCUGUCCAACGGAUUUUUUGAGCGUUCGAGUUUAUUUAUGGCAUGAAACAACUCGAAGCAUGGGUCUAGCUUAUUAAUACGUUACCGAAAACCUGAUUUGAAUAAAUUUGGAAUACAUUUUAUUUUUUUUAUUGACAAGUACUCGUACUCAAAAAAGUUCAAUUAUAUUUUUUUAUUUAUAUAUUUUUUUGAGUACGCGUUCUUUGGACCUGGUGUAUCUUGUCUUUACCACGAAUGAUUUUCCUUGGUUAACAAUAAUUGUUGUUUUUCCAAUAUCUGCCGGUUCAUUAAUGUUAUUUCUCCCGCAUAGGGGAAAUAAAGUUAAUAAGUGGUAUACUAUAUGCAUUUGUAUCUUAGAACUUCUUCUAACGACUUACGCUUUUUGUUAUAAUUUUAAACUGGACGAUCCAUUAAUUCAACUGUCCGAAGAUUAUAAAUGGAUCAAUCUUUUUGAUUUUUAUUGGAGACUGGGAAUAGAUGGACUUUCUAUAGGAACGAUUUUACUGACCGGAUUUAUUACUACUUUAGCUACUUUAGCGGCUUUUCCAGUUACUCGGGAUUCCCGAUUAUUCUAUUUCCUGAUGUUAGCAAUGUACAGCGGCCAAAUAGGAUCGUUUUCUUCUCGGGAUAUUUUACUUUUUUUCAUCAUGUGGGAAUUAGAAUUAAUUCCCGUUUAUCUCCUUUUAUCCAUGUGGGGUGGAAAGAAACGUUUGUAUUCAGCUACAAAAUUUAUUUUAUACACUGCAGGAAGUUCUAUUUUUUUAUUAAUAGGAGUUUUAGGUAUAAGUUUAUAUGGUUCGAACGAACCAACAUUAAAUUUAGAACUAUUAGGGAAUCAAGCCUAUCCGGUCACACUCGAAAUACUCUUUUAUAUUGGAUUUCUUAUUGCUUUUGCCGUCAAAUCACCGAUUAUACCUUUACAUACUUGGUUACCUGACACCCACGGCGAGGCACAUUACAGUACCUGUAUGCUUCUCGCUGGAAUCUUAUUAAAAAUGGGAGCAUAUGGAUUGGUUCGAAUCAAUAUGGAAUUAUUACCUCACGCUCAUUCUAUGUUUUCUCCUUGGUUGAUGGUAGUCGGUACAAUCCAAAUAAUUUAUGCAGCUUCAACAUCUCCCGGUCAACGUAAUUUAAAAAAGAGAAUAGCCUAUUCUUCUGUAUCUCAUAUGGGUUUUAUAAUUAUAGGUAUUGGUUCUAUAACGGAUCCUGGGCUUAAUGGAGCUAUUUUACAAAUAAUCUCUCAUGGAUUUAUUGGCGCUGCACUUUUUUUCUUGGCAGGAACUAGUUAUGAUAGAAUCCGGCUUGUUUAUCUUGAUGAAAUGGGUGGAAUGGCUAUCUCCAUUCCAAAGAUAUUUACAAUGUUCACUAUCUUAUCGAUGGCUUCCCUUGCAUUACCGGGCAUGAGUGGUUUUGUUGCCGAAUUAAUCGUUUUUUUUGGAAUAAUUACCAGCCAAAAAUAUUUCUUAAUUUCAAAAAUUUUAAUUAUUUUUGUAAUGGCAAUUGGAAUGAUAUUAACUCCUAUAUAUUUAUUAUCUAUGUCACGUCAAAUGUUCUAUGGAUACAAGUUAAUUAAUGCCAAAAACUUUUCUUUUUUUGAUUCUGGACCCCGAGAGUUAUUUCUUUCAAUCUCUAUUCUUCUACCCAUAAUUGGUAUUGGGAUUUAUCCUGAUUUUGUGCUCUCAUUAGCAAGUGACAAGGUCGAAUCCAUUUUAUCUAAUUAUUUUUAUGGAUAGUUUUCA